AUGGUGGAUCAUUUGAUCGAGGACGGUGACUGUAAAGAUGUAGAAGAAAUUGGUUUUAUUGAUAAAGAUAAAACCGUCGAUGGCAGUGAAGAUGAGUAUCCUUUACUCACAAAGGAAGAUUUGAUGAGAAUUGACCGCGAAAACCCACGUUGGCGUUGGUUCCGUAUCUCGCUCAUUGUCCUAUUUUGGGUUGUAUGGUUCGGUCUUAUUGCCGUUUCUGCCAUUUACAUUACACUUACACCAAGAUGUGCACCUCGGCCUGUUCAGGAAUUCUGGCAAUCUGGUGUCGGUUAUUGGGUUAAUCCUUUCGCAUUUAAGAACUCAGGUGGUGAUUUGGUCGGAGAUUUAAAGGGCUUGGCGACCGCCAUUGACUACGUUUCAGAAACUGUUGGCGCUGGAUUUGUUGUUUUGACUUCAAUGACACCAUUUUAUCCCAAGCAUCUUCAAAAUGAUAGCCUAAAAUCCUUUGAGCAAAUUCAUCCCAAAUUGGGAACCGUCGAAGAUUUCGAGUCUUUUGUGCGAACUAUGAAAAAGAAGGGAAUAAAGGUUGUUGUAACUCUUAACUUCAACUCUGUUCCGCUUCCUCAAGGUCGUGCAAACGUAUCACAUUUGAUUCCCGCCGAAGCUAAUGAGUUCUGUCGCACAGGCACAAGUUGUUCGGUUUCGAUUGGCGAAUCAAAAUUCUACUCAACUUUUGGUGCGGAAUCAAAUUCCGUGGAUCUAAAUCUAAAGGAUUCUGGAGUUUUGGAGGAAAUCAAGAAUGCUACCAGAUUUUGGUUGUCUAAAGGUGCUGAUGGCAUUUUGCUUGCAGAUGCUGCUUUCUACGUUGGACAAAGAAAUUGCUCUCACUCAUCAUGGUCCGACUCUUUUCCGGCUUGCAAGCUCUACACUUCAGAAACAAUCUCGGUCAUUCAAGAAUUGCGAAAGGUUGUGGAUGAAGAAUCUCUCAAGUCUUCUCGUAAUAGGUUCCUUAUUGCUGACCCCGGUAAUACCAGCUAUAAUGAAAAUCCAGAACCACUUCUUGGAACUGAGGAACAUCCUGGAGCUCAUGUUGUCAUUUCUCGUGCUUUUACCUUUAAAUCCGCCCCUGGUGCUGAUUUGGUAAAUCGCUUCCAUGAAUAUAUGAAUGCGUCUCAACUGGAUCGACUUGGACUGAUGGUUGCCUCUCCGAACGACAAACCCUAUUCAGACAUUUUCUCCGCAGCUUCUGUCUUACUUCUCCCUGGUACACCUCUUGUUUAUGCCGGGAUUGAGCUUGGUUGGAGCCCUGAGGGUGGUCUGCCACCAAAUGAACUCUAUCCGUUUGGUGAAAAUCCACCAGUCGGGAGUGUAACCAGUCAUUUACCUAUGCCAUGGGAUUCUCGUGGUACAAAUUUCUCUGAUUACGAAGGAGUUGGCAAAAUUUUCUCAAAGUACAUAAACGACUUCAGUAUCACGGAGACAGUAGAGACUGCAAUGGCUGCUGGUCGUGGUUCGAGCGUUUUCGGCUUGACCCAAUCUCUUAUUAAGCUCCGUAAGAGCACUCCUAGUCUACAGUGGGGUAGUUUCAAUUUGACCAAGGAUCUUGCUCCGUCUGACUCAUUCACUAUAUUCAAGCGCAGCGCGCCUGGUUUUGACAGCAUUUUCGUUGUUAUGGUGAGACCGGGUGCAGCGAAUUCAGUGAUCGAUUUUUCGACCCACUGUUCUUCACUUACGCCAUUGGUGGUUUAUCCCCCUAACUCCGCGUUUAAACCUGAGGUUAAGAUGUUCAGCUUGAAAGUCUACUUUGCUUCUACCUCAGAAAAUAACCUCUAUGUCUUCAGUUGUGUUGCUUGA